AUGAGUGUUUCUACAAGACCUUUGACUUUAUCUCAUGGUUCAAUAGAGCAUAUUUUAUCAAUCCCAACUGAUAUUUAUUUCGUUGCAUCUCAAUUACAAGAUCAAUUCCAAAAAUAUUUACCUCAACCAACUGAAACUUUUGAUUUAGAUGACGAACCAUCUUCUAAUGUUGAAUUAUUAGCAAAAUUUUUGGGCUAUAUUUCAAAUUUUAUAGAUAUUGAAAAUGAACAUAAUCUAGAAAAUAUCCCUAAACCAAAUAAUGAAAUACAAGUUGAACAAUUUAAAAUUGUGUUGAGUGUUUGUUUAACUGAAUUUGAAAAUACUUUCUUACAUGGUAACGAUAUUCAUGCAUUAGCCGCUAAGUUACUAAUAAACAAUAACAUUAAUGCAUUCGAUGUAAAUGAUUCUAUGGAUAAAAAUAUUGAGCAAAAAAACGAAGAAUCAGCUACCCAAACUACUCACGCUAAAAUUAACGAAUUGAUUAAAAAUUAUAUUAAUGCAAGAAUUGUCACAAACAAACCAUUUACAAAAUCAAAUUCCUUAUUAUUCAAAUCUGCAAAGGAAAACAUUGCCCAAAUCACCGCUAUCUUUGGUGGUCAAGGUAAUACUGAUGAUUAUUUCGAGGAAUUAAGAGAAUUAUACGAAACUUAUAACGUAUUAAUUGUCGACGUGAUUGAAUUUGCUGCUGAUACACUUGGCGAAUUAACAAAAUCAACUACCGAAACUGAAAAAGUCUAUACACAAGGUUUUAACAUUUUGGAUUGGUUGAAAAAUCCAUCUCAAACCCCUGAUGUCGAUUAUCUUCUAUACAUCCCAGUUUCAUGUCCAUUGAUUGGUGUCAUUCAGUUAGUUCACUUUGCUUUGACUGCUAGAUUAUUGGGGUUUACUCCAGGUGAGAUGAAAUCCUAUUUUAAAGGUGCCACUGGUCAUUCUCAAGGUUUGGUCACCGCUGUGGCAAUUGCUGAAGCAGACUCAUGGGAAUCAUUUUUUGAAUCUGCUAGAAAAGCUAUUUCAUUAUUAUUUUUCAUUGGUGUUCGUUGUCACUUAACUUACCCAAAUACCUCACUACCGCCAUCUAUCUUAGAAGAUUCAGUUGAAACUGGUGAAGGUACCCCAUCUCCAAUGUUAGCCGUUUCUAAUUUGACCAAAGAACAAGUUCAAGAAUUUAUAGAUAAAACCAAUUUACAUUUACCAGAAGAAAAACAUAUCAAUAUAUCACUUAUCAAUGGUGCUAGAAACUUGGUCGUUUCCGGUCCACCACAAUCCUUGUACGGUUUGAAUUUAACUUUGAGAAAAGCUAAAGCUCCAGCUGGACUUGAUCAAUCAAGAAUUCCUUAUUCAGAAAGAAAAUUGAAAAUAUCUAAUCGUUUCUUACCUGUAUCAUCUCCAUUCCACUCAAAGUUACUAUCAAGUGCUGGUUCAUUGAUUGCUCAAGAUUUAGCUAGAAACAAAAUCGAGUUCAAUAGUGCCAACCUAUCAAUUCCUGUGUUUGAUACAUACGAUGGUGCUGAUCUAAGAAAUUUCAACGGUUCAAUUACUAGUAGAAUUACGGAGUGUAUCAUUACAUUACCUGUAAACUGGGAAGAAGCUACCAAGGCUCAUGCAACUCAUAUUCUAGAUUUUGGCCCAGGGGGCGCUUCGGGUUUGGGUGUUUUAACGCACCGUAACAAAGAUGGUACCGGUGUUCGUGUUAUCAUCGCAGGUUCUUUAAAUAACAAUAUUGACGAUGAAUAUGGUUUUAAACAAGAAAUUUUUGAUAUCAGUGAAACUGGAUUUAAAAUGAAUCCAAAUUGGUUGAAGGAGUACCACCCUACUUUAGUUAAGAAUAAGAAUGGUAAAAUUUAUGUAAAAACCAAAUAUUCAAGCUUAUUGGGUAGAGCUCCUUUACUUGUUCCUGGUAUGACACCAACUACUGUUUCACCAGAACUUGUUGCUGCAACAAUUAACGCUGGCUAUACUAUCGAAUUGGCUGGUGGUGGUUACUUUUCUCCAGAACACAUGACGGCAGCUAUUGAUUCAGUUAUUUCCCAAAUCAAAGACGGAUACAGUUUAGGUAUUAAUUUAAUUUACGUCAAUCCAAGAAUGCUUCAAUGGGGUAUUCCAUUAAUCAAAGACUUAAGAGAAAAAGGUUAUCCAAUCCAAUACGUUGCAAUUGGUGCAGGUGUCCCAUCCUUGGAAGUUGCUUCUGAAUAUAUUGAAACAUUGAACUUAACUCAUUUAGAUUUGAAACCUGGUUCAAUUGAUGCUAUUAGUCAAGUCAUAAAUAUUGCCAACGCCUACCCUAAUUUCCCAAUUGUCUUACAAUGGACAGGUGGUAGAGGCGGUGGCCAUCAUUCUUAUGAGGAUUUCCAUGCUCCAAUGUUACAGAUGUAUUCUAAGUUAAGAAGAUAUAAAAACAUUAUUUUAGUUGUUGGUUCUGGUUUUGGUUCCGCAGAGGAUACUUAUCCAUAUUUAACUGGUGAAUGGUCUACAAAAUUUGACUACCCACCAAUGCCAUUUGAUGGUUUCUUAUUUGGUUCAAGAGUUAUGAUUGCUAAAGAAGCGAAGACAUCUCCAGCUGCAAAGAAAUUGAUUACAGAAUGCCCUGGUGUCGAUGAUUCUAAUUGGCAAAACACUUACAAGAAACCAACCGGUGGUAUCAUUACAGUUCGUUCAGAAAUGGGUGAACCAAUCCACAAGAUUGCCACACGUUGUGUUAUUUUCUGGAAAGAAAUGGAUGAUACUAUUUUUAAUUUACCUAAAAAUAAACUACAAGCUGCUUUAGAUGCCAAGAAAGAUUAUAUUAUCUCUAAAUUGAAUGCUGACACACAAAAGCCAUGGUUUGCUACAGUAAAUAAUGAGGUUAAGGAUCUAACUACUAUGACCUACUUAGAAGUUGCUAAUAGACUAGUAGAGUUAAUGUAUAUUAAGUCUACUAAAAGUUGGAUAGACCCAACUCUAAGAAAAUUUGCUGGUGACUUUUUACGUCGCAUUGAAGAACGUUUCACAAAAGUAAAGACUUUAUCAAUGAUUCAAUCUUAUACUGUAUUAGAAGAGCCAGAUAAAAUUGUGGGCGAGGUUUUCCAAAAAUACCCAGCUGCAAAGUCUCAAUUUUUGCAUGCUGAGGAUAUCGAUCACUUCUUAAAUAUGUGUCAAAAUCCUGUUCAAAAACCGGUUCCAUUUGUUCCAAUUUUAGAUCAUAGAUUUGAAUUCUUUUUCAAAAAAGAUUCAUUAUGGCAAUCCGAACAUUUAGAAGCGGUAGUUGAUGAAGAUGUAGAAAGAACUUGUAUUUUACAUGGUCCUGUUGCUGCUAAAUCUACUAAGAUUGUUGACGAACCAAUAAAAGAUAUUUUAGAUAACAUUCACAAUGGUCAUAUUGAAAAAUUAUUGAAAGAUUAUUACUCAAAUGAUGUUUCAAAAAUACCUGCUGUAGAAUAUUUUGGUGGAGAUGAUUUAGUCGCUGAACCAUGCACAGAAAAUUCCUUAGAAAUGUCAUCAUCUAAAUUAACUAAUGUGGAUAAUUGGUUUAGUACCUUAGCUGGUUCGGAAAAUAAUUGGCGCUCUGCAUUUUUCAGUGUUGUAAACUUUACACAAGGUUCUGUAUUUGUACCAAACCCUGCUAGAAAAGUUUUUAUGCCUUCGAAACACAUGAAGGUUGAAAUUGAAAAUAUUAAUAAUUCCGAAAAGACUGUCGUUAAAUUAUGGGAAAAAGUACAAGGUGAAAUGAAAUUAACUGCUACAUUGAAAUUGGUUGAAGAAAGCUUAAUUCAAUUCGACUUAAUUGAAAAUAGAACCAUGGAUGGCAAUCCUGUUUCUUUAUCUUUGUUAUACAAUUACAACCCAGAUAACGGUUUCACUCCAAUUUCUGAGGUAAUGGAUGACAGAAAUACUCGUAUCAAAGAAUUUUACUGGAAAUUAUGGUUGGACGAACCUUUCAAUUUAGAUUUUGACCCAAGAUCUGUUAUUGAGGGUAAAGAAUUCACAAUUACCAAAGAAGCUGUAUCCUCAUUUACUCAUGCCAUCGGUAAUAAUUGUGAGGAUUUUGUUGCCAGAUCUGGAAGAAAAGUUCUUGCACCAAUGGAUUUUGCAAUUGUUAUCGGAUGGAGAGCUAUCAUUAAAGCAAUUUUUCCAAAAAAUGUAGACGGUGACUUAUUAAAAUUAGUUCAUUUAUCAAAUGCUUAUAAAAUGGUCCCAGGCGCUAAAGCUCUUCAAGAAGGUGAUGUUAUAUCUACUUCUGCAAUUAUUAAAUCUAUUGUAAACCAACCAACUGGUAAGGUUGUCGAGGUUGUAGGUACUUUAAGUAGACAAGGUUCUCCUGUUAUGGAGGUAACAUCUUCCUUCUUUUACAGAGGUAACUAUACUGAUUUUGAAAACACUUUCAAGAACACAACUGAACCGGUAUAUAAGGUUAACAUUUUGUCGGCAAAAGAUAUCGCCGUUUUACGUUCAAAAGAAUGGUUCCAAUUAGACGAUGAAGAUCUUGAUUUAAACAACAAAGUUUUAACAUUCAAGGUUUCUACCGAAGUGAAUUUCAAAACUGCCACAGUUUACUCUUCUAUAAAAUGUCAUGGUUCUAUUUCAAUGGAAUUACCAACCAGGGAAAAAAUAGAAAUCGGGCAGGUGGAUUACGAAGCGUCUGAAUCUUAUGGUAAUCCUGUUAUUGAUUAUCUGAAAAGAAAUGGUACGACUUUGGAACAUAAGGUUAGUUUAGAAAACGCUAUUCCAAUCGCUGUGUUGGAUUCUCAAUCACCAAGUACCAAUGAACCAUAUGGUAGAGUAUCAGGUGAUUUAAAUCCAAUUCAUGUUUCUCGUCACUUUGCAAGUUAUGCAAACUUGCCAGGCACUAUUACUCAUGGUAUGUAUUCCUCUGCUGCUGUUCGUGCUCUGAUCGAAAAUUGGGCAGCUGAUAGUAUUUCUUCAAGAGUUCGUGGCUACAGUUGUGACUUUGUCGCAAUGGUUUUACCAAAUACUCCUUUGAAGACACAUAUCCAACAUGUAGGUAUGAUAAAUGGCCGAAAGUUGAUAAAGUUUGAAACAAAGAAUGAUAAUGAUGUUGUUGUUUUAUCAGGUGAAGCCGAAAUUGAACAACCUGUUUCUACAUUUGUUUUUACUGGUCAAGGUUCACAAGAGCAAGGUAUGGGUAUGGAUUUAUACAAUAAAUCUGAGAUUGCAAAAGAUGUCUGGAAUAGAGCUGAUGUUCAUUUCAAGAAAACAUAUGGUUUUUCUAUCUUAGAUAUUGUUAAGAACAAUCCAAAGGAAUUAACAGUUUACUUUGGUGGUGAAGAAGGUAGAAAAAUCAGAAAAAAUUACACAGAGAUGAUUUUUGAAACAAUAGUAGAUGAUACUGUUAAAACGGAGAAAAUUUUCAAAGAAAUUGAUGAAAAAACAAAUUCGUUCACCUUCAAGUCUCCAACCGGUUUACUUUCCGCCACUCAAUUUACUCAACCUGCUUUAACAUUAAUGGAAAAGGCUUCUUACGAAGAUUUGAGAUCCAAGGGUUUAAUUCCUACCAACGCCGCUUUUGCUGGUCAUUCGUUGGGUGAAUAUGCUGCGUUAGCUUCAUUAGCAGAUAUUAUGUCUAUAGAAUCAUUAGUUGAUGUUGUGUUUUACAGGGGUAUGACAAUGCAAGUUGCUGUUCCAAGAGAUGAAGCUGGUAGAUCUAACUAUGGUAUGAUUGCUGUUAAUCCUAGUAGAGUAUCUCCUACAUUCUCACAAGAUGCAUUGCAAUUUGUGGUUGAAAAGGUUGGUAAAAGAACCGAUUGGUUGGUUGAAAUCGUCAAUUAUAAUGUUGAAACCCAACAAUAUGUGGCUGCUGGUGACUUGAGAGCUUUGGACACCUUAACCAACGUCUUAAACUUCAUUAAGAUCCAAAAGAUUGAGAUAGAUAAGUUGCAAGAAUCAAUGAGCUUGGAGGAAGUUGAGGCAAAUCUAUUUGAAAUCGUUGAUAAUAUAUCAAAGAAAUCAUUAGCAAAGCCUCAACCAAUUGAGUUAGAGAGAGGUUUCGCUUGCAUUCCAUUACGUGGUAUUUCUGUUCCAUUCCAUUCAUCAUACUUAAGAAAUGGUGUCAAACCUUUCAAGAAUUUCUUGGAAAAGAAUAUCUUGAAAGAAAAUGUGAAGACUGAUAGAUUAAUUGGUAAAUAUAUUCCUAAUUUAACUGCCAAGCCAUUCCAGAUUACAAAAGAGUACUUUCAAGAUGUUUAUGAUCUAACAGGCUCCGAAAGAAUCAAAGCUAUUAUUGAUAAUUGGGAACAAUAUGAAAAAUGA